GAUCUAUUCUCAUCCAUGGAUCGCCGGGAAAAAACCAGCGAUGUAACGACGGCGUCGAAGACCUCAACCGCGGAAGCAUCACCGUCAAUCUCAGCUUCAGAAGCUUUCAUAGUCAACGCGUUAUGCGCUCUUGGCUUAGCUUUAGCCUUCUGGUUCGCUGACAGUAUCUACUCCAUCAACCUCGUCACCGAUCCUUCUCGCACUCUUUUCUUCAUCUGGAUUCUAGAGCUCCCUAUCGUGAUUCUUCUGUACAGUCGCUAUCGACGGAAUCGGCGAAAAUGCUCGUACCUGCGAGCCGUUGGAAGAGGGAUUCUAGGAGUGCCAGUAGGGGCAAUACUAAAUUCUUUAGGAGCUAUAGCUUUGGGGGCGCCUGUAACCUCUCAGUAUUUACCCAAGACUGUAAAUUGGUCUCUUAUGAUGUCAUUGUUCACGACAGUUCCUGCAUCAUGUGUUCUUGGUUCAUCAUGGGCUGACUGGCGACGUAUAUUUGCACAAUCAAAGCCAAAUGGAUUUGUUGAGUACUUGAUUUGCUUACCAGCUCACGGAGCAGUUAUUGGGGGAUGGUUUGGGGCUUGGCCAAUGCCACUUGACUGGGAGAGGCCGUGGCAGGAAUGGCCUAUUUCUGUAAGCUAUGGAACCUUAGCCGGUUACAUGGUGGCAUUGGUUGCAUCCUUGGGCUUUGUUGUUGUGCAUGGUAGGUCACGGCAUGUCAAAAAAGAAUGAAGUAACAAGUGUCUGAUCAUGGUAAUUGAAGUGAAUUAAAGAGCCAUGCACGGCAGAGAGCAAAACCAGCAUAUCAGACUCUUGCUCUGCAAUCCUCUACGAUCCCCAUGCUUGAGAAGCUGAAAAAGAAUAGGAAAAGCCUUCUUAGCUCAAGAGAAGUGAAAAUAUUUUUGUCCUGAGAUUUCAUUUUGAUAAUUGCUUUGGCAGGACAAAGAGUGUAAUACUAUUAUAAAAAUUAGAUAUAUGCCAUUUUGUUCACUUGGAUAUA